AAUCCAUGCCUAAAUGAAGGAACGUGUGAAGAUGACACCGGCAAAAUUGUCUGCACGUGUGCAGCUGGCUGGGAUGGAGACAAGUGUGAACAUGUUUCCUGUAAGAAGAACCCUUGUCAGAAUGAAGGAUCGUGUGAGGAUGCAACCGGGUCAAUUGUCUGCACUUGUAAAACCGGCUUCGGCGGAGACAGAUGUGAACUGGCUCCAAAGUGCACAGAUGCCUCUCCAUGUGAAAACGGUGGCACCUGUAAGGCUGACACCUCUGGUCAGCAUAUCUGUUUCUGUGUUCCGGGCUUUGGAGGGGACCUAUGCGCUGACGCAUCUGGUGCUGCUAAGAUAUCGGUGCACAUAUGGAUGCUUGCUGUUGUUGCUGUCCUCACAAAGCUGAGCCUCAACUGAAGACCACAAGGACAUACAUUAUGUUAGACGUGUUUAUUUUGUCUGGAGUGAACAUUGGAAACAUUUUGCGUUAUAAUUGGUUGAUUAAUUGUUGUUAAGAGAUUGAAUGUGGUCACAGCAGUAUCAAUCAGUGUGUUAUACGGUAGUCUUAGUGGACAGGAGAUACGUGGUGGGUCUUCUGAUGCCAUUAAGGAAAUAUUCCAAUGACCAAUUUAAAACGUUAAUCAACAUAAUUAUCUGGACACAUAUAUCUCUGGCCU